AUGAAGACAUCGACGGUCGCCUUCCUGUUCACUCUGCUUGCUGUUUCCAGCAUGGCCUCUUCUUCCCCAGCAACAGCGGAGGGGGAGCACUACGGCGACCGCCACGUGCGCUUCACGUGUGACGGCCCACUGAGCGCCUUCGGCGUGGCAUUCCCUGCGUGCGCCGUCCACUGCAUCGUGAUGAACCGAGGCUACAGGGGAGGCGUCUGUCACAAGGGCACCUGCCACUGCCGCAAGUAG